AUGUGGAGGUGCACAGUACUGCUGUCUGUCUGUUGCGUGGGACUAGCUGCGAGUCAGGGACUCCUCGACGGCUUUAAUCCUUUUAGAGUCCAUAUGGGACCAGCAUGUCGCGAAUACGAGGUGUACACGGAGUGCACAAACCCUUGUGUGAACGACAGCUGCGAAGCAAUGGGGAGCCUGAAACCGAACUGCACCAACCCUGUGCCUUGUACACCAGGAUGUGACCAGCUUGUGGAGAAAACGAAGUGUAUACUGAAUGUAGGAGCCCUUGUUUGA